AUGUUGCGAACCACUCCUGAUCCAUACCUCGCGGACAGUUCGUGUAAAGGUUAUGGUCAUGAGGUGCGACAAAUGAAGCAAGAAGGGUUUGACUGUGACUUACCAUGCAUAACCGUCCUUUUGCACCUCAGAAUGUUAUCGGUACCGGGAAAGUGGUCAAAUAAGCGCCGAUAG